AUGCAGAAAAAGACCUCGUGGAUAGAGACUGCCAAUCGGUUAGUCGGCAACACCAAAAGACAGAAGCAGUCAGAAUCCACAGAAUCAAAAGCUAGCAAAGAAAGCGGAUCCGUCAGCGAAGGCCUGGAACAAUUUGGAGAAGACACCGACUUCCACGGACUGAAGCGUGUCUUCAGGAGAGACUAUACACUGUUACGCAGAACCUUUUGGUUGUUUUUCUUUCUGGCGGGUCUUACGGGUUUUAUCGCCAACACAGUUGACAGGCUGAGCUAUUACUUGCAGUAUCCACACUCGUCUGAGCUGGACGUGAUGUACGAUAUGGAGUUAGGACUGAAGAUGGUUAUUCACGCUCAGGAAGAGCCGCCGUUUGUAAAGGAGUUGGGAUUUGGAGUGCUACCGGGGGACCACCACUUUAUAGCCAUACAGAAGAAAUACGUUCACAACUUGGUUCCUCCAUGGGGAAAUUGCUACGACGGGAAACUCAAGUAUUACUCCCAUUAUAGCGUCCCUGCCUGUAGGAUAGAGUGUGAGACAGAUACCAUCGUAAAAGAGUGUGGCUGCAAGCUGGCUGAAAUGCCAGGCAACACAUCCGUAUGUCUAGGACAUAUGUACAUGGGAUGUGCCUAUCCAGCCUUAGAGGAAGUGGAGCACUCAGACCUGUGCUCCUGUCAGAAUCCAUGUGAUAUGACCACCUAUAGGCGAGACAUCUCUUCCAGAUACAGUAUUUCAGAUUGA